AUGGUAGAAUUAUACGAUCAGCAAAAGGAUAAAGCUGAGUCAACCAAUCAGCCUAAACUAUACAGAGCUGCAAUGGAAGGGAAUUGGAAAGACGCUAAAGCCAUCUUUGAUAUUGACAGAAAGGCCAAGACAAGAAAAAUCUCCAACCUGGGCAUGAGUACUGCCCUUCAUGUGGCGGCGAGCUGUGGCCAGUCAGAGUUUGUGGUGGAAAUGGUCAAGAAACUAAGUAAGAAGCAGCUUGAAGACAGAGACACACAUGGCUGCACUGCUCUUCAUCACGUGGCCUUAGCUGCAAAUGUGGGGGCUGCCAAAGCAAUGGUGGAGAAGAACUCAGAUUUGCCUCACCUUGGGGAAACCUAUAACCCAUUUGCUGCUAAAUGGCGACAUCCCUCAGACGACAAGAAAAUGGUGGAUUAUCUCCACCAAGUUACUGAGGACAAAGAACCUUGUUAUCCCUUCACGGGUUAUUCAUCUGCUGAUCUCAUUGUGGCAAUCAUUUCUUCGGGGUCCUAUGAUACAGCUUUGAGUACGCUCAAGAGAUAUCCUGCAUUAGCUCUUGAAACAAAUAAUGAAAUGGUGCAAGUUGAUGCGGAGGAAACAAAACACAAAAACUUCCAUUCACCUGCAGAUGUUGCUAAAAGCACAGCAAUUUCAUUCUUCGUAUUUCUGAGCAAGUUCAGUAAAGACAAACAUACCGAACGGUUGUUAUUGCAUGCAGCUAUUGAGCAUCGUCGUCGAGUGGAGAUAUUCAAUCUCAUGGUUGCUUUGAUCGGAAAAAACACAAAGGCCCAUGCCCAUUUAAACGUUGAAGGGGCAAAUAAUUGCCUUCAUUUGGGAGCAAAAUUGGCUUCUAUGCCUCGACUCCAUUCUGUCCCUGGUCUUGCAUUUCAUAUGCAGCGAGAAUUGCAACGGUUUGACAUUGAGUAG